AGCAGUUCAACACUUGACCACCUAAUCUGUGAGCAACAUUACCCCCAAAAAGUGAGUUGCACACAAAGGAAAGGAGAAGAUUUCCUCCAUGAUGACAGUUCUUACAACAUGAUGAAGAUUUCAGAGACACAGAGAAAUAUAUCUUUAUCUUAUUUUCUUUUGAACAUUUGAAAUAAAGAAUUCCCCCGUGACGUACUUAUGAGCACACACCCCACCAAUACCUCCGCACUGUGGCUGCUAUACCAGCAGCGAGGAGGAAGCUGCACUGGCUGAUAACACAUUGUAAGUGACAGAUAACAAUUCAGAAAAAGCUCCAGGGACUGAGACUACGCUGGCAAUCAUCUGAAGGACGACUGGCAACAUUCCGGCAUCCAAAGGAAAAAUGAGGAAAGAUCGACCACCCGUAACAUGUGAUCUCCAAGUGACACGAAACAACAGGGAGCAUCGUACUAUCAGCCUAAGCAAAGAGGCGCGCCUGUUCAUAAGACGGGGACAGGAAUUUACGAUCACAUUACAGUUUCAAAACCAGACCCUAAGACAAGAGGAUCUGAGCAAAUUCAGCCUCAUUAUAAAAACAGGUCCCAAACCUUCAAAAAAAGAUGGAACUAAGAACAGUUUUCCCAUAUCCAGCCUAAGUGACAGGAAAACGUGGAGUGCCAGGGUCGUUGAUUGCAAGCAAGGAAUGUGGAAAGUGUGUGUCAACACACCAGCGAGUGCCAUCAUUGGAUACUACACAAUCUCAAUCAAAAUCUCCAGUGGAGUCAUUGAGAACCUGGGGGAGUUCAUGAUACUUUUUAACCCUUGGUGUGAGGAUGAUCCAGUGUACCUGCACAGUGAAGCUGAACGGCGAGAGUAUGUCCUCAGUGAAGAUGGCAUCAUCUAUCUGGGCACAGAGAGUCAUGUUCAGCCCCAGCCUUGGCACUUUGGUCAGUUUGAGGAGGACAUACCAGAAAUAUGCAUUAGGUUCUUGGACACAAACCCACGCUAUCAGGAAACACCAGAAAUGCACUACAUCAAGAGAAAUGAUCCAGUCUACAUCUGCCAGAUAAUAGGAGACAUGAUUGGCCUGAGGGAUGAUGAGGACAGAGUUGCCUUUAUGUGUGAGAAUGGAAGACAGUCCUAUAAAUGGAUAAGCAGUGUCCCAGUCCUGCGCCAGUGGUUCCAAGAGGGGAGUCGGACAGUAUACGGACAUCAUUGGGUGUUUACAGCAGUGCUGUGUACAGUAUUGCGCUGCCUGGGGAUACCAACUCGGGUAGUUACAAAUUACAACUCCGCUCAUAACACAGAAGAGAGUCUGCGGAAGGAUUUGUAUUACAAUGAGAAUGGGGCACGGAUCCAUAGGUCCAGGAAUGACAGUAUAUGGCACUUCCAUGUAUGGAAUGAGUGUUGGAUGGAGAGAAGAGAUCUCUAUAAGGGAUUUAAUGGCUGGCAGGUCCUUGAUGCCACUGCGCAACUGAAAUACAAUGGAGCCCUCUUUUGUAAUGGUCCUGCUCCAGUAAGAGCCAUCAAGGAAGGCUUUGUGGACUUAAAUUAUGAUACAUACCGCAUCUAUUCCAAGGUGGUCACAGAAACUGUGAAUUGGGUACGAAAUUCAGAUGGAUUUUUUAAGAAGGCUUUCAGCAGCACAAGACAAGUGGGGGAUGGAAUGAGCACAAAAAGUGUGGGAUGCAACUUUGAAAAUGAUAUCACCAGUGAAUACAAGCACCCAAAAGGUUGUCAGGAAGAAUAUGAAGCAGUUCAGAGAGCCAAACAGCUGAUGCUAAAAACCGAGGACGCUAGUGAGGACCCUAUGAGCCUAAGUCCCAUCCUAGUAUCCAUUAUACCCCAGAGUAGCCAACUGUAUGGGCAAGAUGUUAAUGUCAGUGUGACAGUGACCAAUGUGAGCGAAGAGGAGAAGGACCUAGAGCUGGUUAUUGGGGCCCAGCCUGUACAUGACAAUGGCAUAACUGGAACUCAGUUCUGGAGUGAGAAAUUCUAUUUCCAUCUCACGUCAGGAGAAGAGAGAAGUGUCUCUGGCAAGAUGAAUCCCUUGGUGUAUGAGGAGGUUCUGCUGGAUAAUAACCUGCUAAGAGUGACUGCACUAGUAAAGGAUGCAAAGGGCCAAACCAGCAGCUUUGCUUUGGCGGAACAAGACGUGACUCUCUGUAAACCAAAGCUAAUGAUACAGAUGCCAAAGGUUGCUGUGGAGUUUCAGCCAGUCACUGCAUUGCUAACUUUAACCAAUCCUCUGAAGGAGACCUUGAAGAACAUUGUGAUAAGAGCAACAGGCAAAGGUCUGGUAUAUAAGGAGAGGAUAUACAGAUGUCAUAAUAUUCUGCCAGAAGGUGACUUGAUCUACCCAAUUACCUUCACUCCAACACAAGUGGGUGACAGAAGACUGUGUGUGCAACUUCAGAGUGACAAGCUUGGGCUCAUCAUCAGCUUUCAGAAUUUGGAAGUGUUACCCAACAAUGUUGAAGAAUGGUCUGUCCAUCACUGGGAGGUAUUCCAAAAAAUUUCAGAAGCCACUAUUUUGUCAGAAGAGGGAGAGUCCAGUGCUCCCAUCAGCCUCAGCAUCCACACAGAAGACAAAGCGUUCUAUGGACAUGACAUCCCCUUUUCACUGGAAGUCUCUAACAAAAGAGAAGUGCAAAAAAACCUUUAUGUUUGCCUUACCGCAGAGUACAUUGAUGAGGAUGGCAAUGGCAGCAUCCAUUUCUGGCAAGAAAGCUUUGAUUUGUCUUUCCAUGGGAAAGGAGGCCAUAUGUUCAAAACUCAGAUUUCACGACUACAGUAUGCAGUUUCCCCUGUGGAGAGCAACGCGGUGAGGCUCAUCGGUCUUGUGAAAGAUGUCACCAGAACAUACUGCUCAAGCAGGAAUGUGAUUCUGUACAAACCCCAGAUUGCUAUCAAGAUGCCAGAAGAAGCACCACUAUACAAGCCUAUACCAGCCAUAAUCACAAUCUCAAACCCCCUUGAGAAGGAGCUAGAAGACUGCACUGUAACAGUAACUGGAGAAGGCCUUAUACACAAAGAAAGAUCCUACAAAUGUGAUAACAUUGAACCAGGAAGUGAAAGAGAUUGCCGCAUCAGUUUUUCUCCAACCCAAACGGGCUUUCUGAAAUUUCGCAUGAAAUUCGACUGCAGGCAGUUCAGAGAUGUGACACGCUGCCAGGGUGUCGAGGUCCAGCCAUUAAGAUUAUUCUUAAAAGGAAAUGUAAUUGAUUUGAAAAACCAAAAGGAAAAUAUUGUACAAACAUCCAGGACUAAGCUACAGGCCAGAAACAAAGAGUAAUCCAAAUGGCCAACAAUGUGAUUCAUAAUGAACUGUUGGAUUAUAAUGCCAUAUGAAAAUAAAGUCAAUCCAAAACUU